CGGGUGAGGGGGCCCGCGCGCUGCUAGCUUCGGAGGCGAGGUCGGCGGCUGAGAGGGCGUCGCCGAUAGAGCAGUUGAUGUAGAUGCGUUGUGUGGGCGGGACGGGGGCUUUGCCUUUUCGGUCAGCUUGGGGCGGUGGGGGAGGCGGGGGUUUGAGAACGGUGGUGAGGAGGGAGGAGUCGGGGAGGAGGCGGCCGGAGUAUAUGAGGCGGAGGCGGUUGAGGGAGUGGGAGGGAGGGAGGGAGGCACGGAUGAGUGAUUUGAGGGUUAUGAUUGUGGUGCGGCUGGGGAGGGGGAUGUCGAGGUCGAGGUCGGGGAGGGAGGUGGUGAAGCGGACUGUGAGGGGGAAAGGGGCUUCGGCCUUUGGUGGCGGGGCGGUGGUUGGUUCCUCCAUGGUUGUGUGUUUGUCACUGUCACCGUGGAGGAGAGAGGAUGUUGCGGCCUCGUGGCCGGUGGUAGAGCUUCGGGGUUUCGCAUGCAAUGUUAAUCAGUUGGAGUAGCAUAAAUCCCAAGCAGAGGCAGGGGUAGGUCAAUCGCAGUAAGUUGGCGAUAUGCGUAUAUACAAUAGGCGUGGACGCGAUGAUGAAGUUGAAGCUCCGCAGCCUGAAGCCAACAACGCAAGGCUGACAGGUUUUACGGGUUUUGGGCAACAUAGUUCCGCCGAUUCCGGCCUCGAUUUACGGAGUAGUGGAACCUUGGGACAUCAUACUCUACCCCGCAAUGUUACCCCAACUAUUACUGGCAGAUGAGGACGGAACUAGAAUUCUAAAACUUGAAUAACCCCCUCUUCUUCCCCCGCCAUAGCCUCGUUGCCCCUCACCGUCCUCUUGAUCUGAACCCUUUGCAGCAGGAGAGCUAUUCAUGAAACUUCAACGAAGCUCUCCCAUUCUCUCCAGCUUCCUUGCAUUGAGAAGGACCGAACAUACACAAGCUAAGUGCCUGGCUGUGAGAAGCUUCAGCACGACAAUGGACAACAGAGCGAAGCUGCUACCCGCGGCUAGGGUCUCCAAUAACAGACAAGAUGUGUGGACAAUUGUGAAUGAGGCUGCUGCGGCGUCUCCAAAGCAGCCAAUUGUCAACAUGGGACAGGGCUUCUUCGGAUACAACCCCCCCAAGUUCAUUACCGACGCUGCCAAAGCUUCUCUGGAUAGAGUCGAAUGCAACCAAUACUCUCCCACGACGGGUCGUCCCUCUCUAAAGAAGGCACUUGCCGAUGCCUACUCUCCAUUCUGGGGCAGAGAAAUCGACCCUGUCACUGAGGUCACAAUCACCACUGGUGCAAAUGAGGGCAUGCUGAGUGCAUUCAUGGGCUUCAUCGAGCCGGGAGACGAGGUUAUUGUGUUCGAGCCGUUCUUCGACCAAUACAUCAGCAACAUCGCCAUGCCCGGCGGAAAGGUCGUAUACGUCCCUCUUCACCCACCUGCAAACGGUGCCACCGAGACCUCCUCAGCAGGAGAAUGGUCCAUCGACUUCGAUGAGCUCAAGGCCGCCGUAACCACAAAAACCAAGAUGAUCGUCCUCAACACCCCCCACAACCCCGUCGGCAAAGUCUUCUCCAAAGACGAGCUCCUCAAGAUCGGCCAGCUGUGCGUCGAAAACAACAUCAUCAUCCUCUCCGACGAAGUCUAUGAUCGCCUCUACUAUGUCCCAUUCACCCGCAUCGCCACGCUCUCCCCCGAAAUCGAGCGCCUAACCCUCACCGUCGGCUCAGCUGGCAAGAACUUCUACGCCACAGGCUGGCGCGUCGGCUGGCUCAUCGGGCAACCCCACCUCAUCAAGUACGUCGCCGCAGCCCACACCCGCAUCUGCUACAGCUCUGUGUCUCCGCUCCAAGAGGCCUGCGCCAUCGGCUUCAACGAAGCCGACAAGAACGGGUUCUGGACCGAAGCCAACGCCGAGAUGAAGGCCAAGAUGGACCGCUUCAAUGACAUCUGGCCCGAGCUAGGACUGCCUUACUCCGAGCCUGAGGGCGGUUACUUCGUGCUCGUCAACUUCAGCAAGGUCAAGCUGCCAGACGAUUACCCCUUCCCUGCCCAUGUUGCGAACAGGCCACGGGACUUCAAGCUUUGCUGGUUUUUGAUCCAGGAGGUGGGUGUGGCGGCUAUUCCACCAACGGAGUUUUAUACUGAACAGAAUGCGCACUUGGCGGAGGAUUAUCUGCGGUUUGCGGUUUGCAAAAAUGAUGAUGUUUUGGAUACGGCUAAGGAGAGACUGAGGGGUCUGAGGAAGUAUAUCCAAUAG